GGAUGCUUGCAUUGAACGUUGUUUUCAAGAACACCUUGCUCUCUUCUCAUGCUUAAUGACACUAUGUAGCCUGGACUGCUCUCCGUAUCCCUUACUUUCGGGUGAAUGGCAUGAACAAAUUCUGGUGCGGAGUCGCAGCAACAAGGAAAAUGCGGAUUGCCGCUACGAACAGUGAACACUUGUUACUCAUGACGUGAUGUGAUCCCGUUAUCUGGUCGACGUUGGGUACAUGUGCUGUACUACUUACACACGUUACCCGGCUCUUCUGCUUUCCUUGAUGCGGUGUCACCUACUGUGGGCUCGCCUGUCUCCCACAUUCACGUCUAGAAGCUGGCUUUGCACGGGAAGUUUUUGUCAAUUGUGGGUCUGCCGCUAUAUGUGGCGUCCCAACUCCAUAUCGACUAGUGAGGCGCAAGGAUACCGUGAUCUAGGAAACAACACAAUGCGUUCAACCGCUCCGUGAUAUAAAGGUCCCCACUGGUUAUAUUCUGGACGAGUGCGAUGUGUAGCACUGGUUACUGGGUGUGCUACGGUUAUGCACAGACUGGUAGUUGUCGAUUCGCCUCCCAUUGCAAGUUUGCGCAUGUCGAAGGGGACGAUUUCACCAUUGAUAGCAACACCGGGCAUGAGCGCUCCUAGACAUAUACACAGACACCUCUAGACGAUUUUUUUCGCAAGAUG